AUUAUAUUCUAAAUAUUAAAGGUUAUACAUAUGAGCGUCUGGAUGGGUCAGUGAGAGGAGAGGAACGUUUCUUGGCUGUUCAAAACUUUAACAGUAACGAUGAAACUUUUGUCUUUCUUCUGAGCACAAGAGCUGGUGGACAGGGUAUAAAUUUGACCAGUGCUGAUACUGUGAUAUUUGUGGACAGUGACUUUAACCCACAGAAUGACCUUCAAGCUGCUGCCAGGGCACAUAGGAUAGGACAGUCAAGUGGUAACCCCUGGAAUGAUGUUGACCCGGAUUUCAAGGCCAUUCUUGGACCUACAGCAGACGGUGAAUGGCAGCCCGAGGAAACAAAAGUGGAUGAAGAAGCUAAUGGAUCUGAGGAUGAAGGUAUAUUAGAGGAUGCGCCACAGACUAUGUACAUGUUUGAGGGAACUGACUACUCCAAGGAGCCUACUGCAGCUGAUAAAAAAGCCUUUGAUGAACUGCUUGAAGCUGAGAAAGCAGUAUUGUCAGAGAAGCUGGCAGAAGAUAGACCAAGUCGUUUAAAGCGUCAACCUCUGUCUGUAUUUAUGCCAGGUCUACCAGAUGUUCUGAGAAAACCCAGGAAGAAAUUGACACCAGAAGAGCUGGCUGAGAGAAAGAAAAAGCGUGAAGAAGCCGCAGCAAAGAGAGCUAAAGAGGCAGAAGAAAGAGAGAUGAGGCGGGCACAAGAGCAAAGAAAAAGGAGAGAGGAACUGUGGAAGAAGAAUGAUUACAAUUCAUGUAAUGUAGAGAUUGACGAGACCUCAGAUGAUGAUGAAGGAAUGCUAGAUGAUGACGAUAUAUCAGGGGAUGUAACUCCACAUGACAUACGUUAUGUACUAGGGGAUGUAACUCAUCCAAAGAAAACUGACAGAGAAAACAAUAUUAUUGUCCAUUGUGCAGAUGAUUCUGGAAACUGGGGUACUGGAGGUUUAUUCUCGGCACUGUCAGCCCGAUCAUCUACACCAGAAGACCAGUAUACACUAGCUGGUAAAAUGCAGGAUUUAGCUCUUGGAGACUGUCAUAUGGUACCUUUUGAUGCUGGUUCCAGCAGUAAAGACAGCAAGGACUGGGUAGCACUUAUUAUAGCCCAACAUCGAGACAAGAGGAACAACGUGUCUGGUAUAAAAUUGUCUGCCCUCAGAUAUGGACUAGAAAAAGUCUAUGUGAAGGCGAAGGAAAACAAUGCAAGUGUACAUCUGCCUCGUAUUGGACACACUACUGUAGGUUUUAACUGGUAUGGGACAGAAAAACUCAUCAAAAAACAUCUAGCCUCAAAAGGAAUUCCUACGUAUAUGUAUCCUUAUAUUAUAAGU